UCUAACCAUGGGGGACCCAACUUCACGAAGAAAUCAAACAAGAAAUCGACUUCGUGCCCAGCUUCGAAAGAAAAGGGAGUCUUUGGCUGAUCAGUUUGACUUCAAGAUUUAUAUAGCCUUCGUUUUCAAAGAAAAGAAAAAGAAGUCUGCUCUGUUUGAGGUAGCUGAAGUGGUGCCCGUGAUGACCAACAACUAUGAAGAAAACAUCCUCAGAGGUGUGCGGGAUUCCAGCUACUCUCUUGAGAGUUCAAUAGAACUCCUGCAAAAAGACGUUGUGCAACUACAUGCGCCCCGCUACCAGUCAAUGCGAAGGGAUGUAAUAGGCUGCACUCAAGAGAUGGAUUUCAUUCUUUGGCCACGCAAUGAUAUUGAGAAGAUUGUAUGUCUGCUAUUCUCCAGAUGGAAGGGGGCUGAUGAUGAACCCUUUAGGCCUGUUCAGGCCAAGUUUGAAUUUCAUCACGGAGACUAUGAGAAGCAGUGCUUGCAUGCUUUGGGUCGUAAAGACAAGGCUGGAAUGGUCAUGAACAAUCCUACUCAGUCUGUAUUUCUUUUCAUGGAUAGACAGCACUUACAGACGCCUAAGACCAAGGCUACAGUUUUCAAGUUAUGCAGCCUUUGCCUGUAUCUGCCCCAGGACCAGCUGACCUGCUGGGGUGUUGGAGACAUCGAGGACCAUCUCCGCCCAUAUAUGCCAGACUAGGGUGUCCUGCUCCAUGCAGCCACAUAGGAAAAGCCCUACCCUCCUUCCCAUCUAAGCCUACAGAUGCAAAUUUAUGUACUCAUCUCGUUUCCUUUUACACGUUUUUGAAUUUUUGCUUGGACCUCUCCUUUUUGUUACCCACACGCUCGCCUCCCUCCCUGACCUGAUAUUGAUUCAGUUCACAUCUUUUUUUUACCCUCCCAGUAUCCCUUUUCUGCCAUUUUGGAUUGAUUCCUUCAUUUUCCCCCCUUCCCCUCCAUUUCCUCCUCAUCCGUUUGUUUUAUUUGAACCUGCACGAACAUUGAUUUUUGAGUGGUUGGUUGUUCACUUGGAGCCGCUCUGUCAACAGCACCAGUCUAUGGAGGAACUCUUGCAUCAGAACAUAAACAUACAAUACAUAGGUUUUCAUGGGGUUUCUCAGAUGGACAUGUGAUAUCCUUGUCAAACGAAAGGAUUGUUGCGGCUUGUAUGUAAUGUCAAGGGGGGUGCUAAAACAACUUGACACAUUCUUUUACCCGAGGACAGGUGCGAAAUGGUGUUCAUACACCUGUGUAAGAGAUAACAAGAUGAACAAUAUUUGUCAAAUCAUAUGGUGUAGGUGCUGCUUCUUAUACACCGCCUUAGAAUUUGUUUUUGCAGGUCUUAAGCUCUUUUUGCAACAUUUGCUUUUUCUUUGAAUAAUUCUACUGGCCUUUGUUAAAUUCUUGAAUGAGUUAGGUGGCAUUGAACAGAGGUGAAACAUGCUGGUUAAAUAUUGGAGGUCUUUCAUGUUCAAGCACUUCAUGCACUAUAAUUUUUAAGUGACUGAAAUCAGUUUUGAUUUUUAUUUGGGACUAGGGUUGUUGAGACUCCAAUAUGGUGGGUGACAGUUUUGAAAUUAAAACAUAAAACUAAUUUAAUUUGACCUACUUAUUUGCUAUCGUGUUCAAAUUAUUAUAAGGUCUUGUGGGCUUGCUUGUUUAAGACUGACAAUGAACAAAUAACUUGCUCCUUGUUGAUUCUUGUUCUGUUGAAAUGGUAAAAAGAUUCUGGAUUUUUCUGUUGACUCUCAAUACAGCUGAGCAUAUCCCAAUACAGCAUUCUGAAAAAAAUA